AUGAAUUGGAAAACCCUCGCCCUAGUGAUGUCCGCGCAAGCGGUUGCCGCGCAGUCGCUAUCAAUGAUCCGAUUCGGAUGCUCGCAGCUCGUCGUGGAGAGGCUGGACCCGCUGGUCAACCCGGGCUCGCUGGUAUCGCCGCACGUGCACCAGAUCGUGGGGGGCAACUCCUUCAACGCGAGCAUGGACCCGGCGUCACACGACCUCGUGGCCGACUCGACGUGCACGAGCUGCUCGUUUUCCGAGGACUUCUCGAACUAUUGGACGGCGGUUCUGUACUUCCGGGCGCGCAACGGGACAUACAAGCGGGUGCCGCAGUUCCCGAACGUAGGGAUCCGUGCCGUUGGCGGCGUUACCGUGUAUUAUAUCCCGCCGUACGAUGGCGUGACGAACGUGACGGCAUUCGCACCGGGCUUCCGCAUGCUGGUGGGAGACGCGGCGCUGCGCCAAGCCGAGGGCGUGCAGCGCCAGCUGUGCCACCGCUGCUACGUCAAGGACGACUACACCGGCGGAGCGGGCAACAACGCGCCUUGCUCAGGAUCCGACACCACGUCCCUGCCGGCGCAGCCCUGCGUCGGUGGCAUCAGGACCACCAUCACUUUCCCCACUUGCUGGGACGGAAAGAACCUGGACAGUGCAGACCACAAGAGCCAUGUGGCCUAUCCCAAGUCGGGGACCUUCGAGUCUCUAGGGCCUUGCCCGGACUCUCACCCUGUUAAGUUGCCUCAGCUGAUGUACGAGGUCAUGUGGGAUACGCGCUCCUUUAACGACCCCGAAAUGUGGCCCGAGGACGGAUCGCAGCCAUUUGUAUGGAGUACAGACGACGGGACCGGGUACUCGCAGCAUGGUGACUAUGUCUUCGGCUGGAAGGGCGACAGCCUCCAGAGGGCGCUCAACGCCCGCUGCAACAACGCAGUGUGCAAUGAGCUCAAGACUCAGAGCUCGGAAGAGGCCAUGAGGUGCACCCUACCACAGACUGCGGUCGAGGAUGUUGAUGGAUGGCUGGCUUCAAUUCCGGUCCUCACAGAAGCCGAGGACCUGUGGCGGGAGCCCGAGGUCGGGGAGAAUGCCGAGCGGCAGCGGCUCAUCUCGGUCUCGACUUUGUGCGGCUGA